UUGCCGCAAAUAAAAAAGUGAUUAUAUAUAUAUUUUUUUUUUAAAAAUCGAAAAUACCGCGAAUUUCCCGGGGAAAUCGGAGGAAAACUAACGCGGGGGGGCCAAGGCAAGAGUCGGUUGUUUAGUUAAACGGUCCCGCAUGAAACUAUGAAGAGACGAAAUGUGGAUCUGGCCAAGAUGAGAAGACCCAUGAAAAAGAACAAAAUCGCCGAAGGAUUUUACGGAAGCACUCUCCUUUAUUUGAAGUUUCUGAUCCUGUGGAUCCUGGUCCUAGUCGCCGACUUCAUUUUGGAAUUCCGCUUCGAGUACCUAUGGCCCUUCUACCUGUUGAUCCGUUCGGUCUACGACUCGUUUAAGUACCAGGGCCUCGCUUUUUCCGUUUUCUUCGUCCUGGUCGCGCUCACCUCGGACAUGCUGUGCUACUUUUUCAUACCGGUCAACUGGUUGUUUUUCGCCGCCAGCACUUACGUAUGGGUCCAGUAUGUCUGGCAUACAGACAAAGGGAUUUGUGCCCCAACUGUGGUGCUCUGGAUUCUAUUUGUCUAUUUAGAAGUGGCAGUCAGACUGCGAGAUGUCAAACAUCUUCCUGGACAUCUGGAUUUGUGCAGGCCGUUUGCGGCACACUGUAUAGGUUAUCCAGUUGUCACUUUGGGAUUUGGUUUCAAAUCCUAUGUUGGCUACAGAAUGCGACAGCGAAAGCAACAGCACGUAGCCAAAGAGAAUUUGUUUUACAUGCAGCUGAUGCAGCAAGCUUUGCCAUCUGAAGCGCCACCUGAUCCCCCAGUGGAACAGCCGCAGGUGCAACAGAAUGCUACUACAAAUGUUGUAGCAGCUACAGUAACACCACAUGUACAAAAUAAUCAUAAGGUUAACAACCAUAGUCAUAAGGAAAAAAAUGGUCACAUACCAAAUGGUACAAUACCAAACGGCGUAAGCCACAGAUCUCACAAUAAAAGGUCGUCAGCGGAAAAAAGCAGAGGCGACGCCGCUGGUGACCACCAUGACAAUCGACAUAUAGAACGACACAAUAAGAUAAAUCAUUCACACAGUAACGGUUCAGUGGUGGAUAUUCACGAAGAACCCACAGAACACGAACCGAAACAGGCCAAAAAACGCGACAGGAGAGAACAAGACAAAGAGCGCGAGGCUCACGAGUACCUACAAAAACUAGAGUCCGAAUCGAAAAGGCUCAGAAGCGAUUUGCAACAGAGCAGGGCCAGCGAACAAGAAUUACGGAUACAGGUGGCUUCUCUAACUACAAGUGAAAGAAGCUCUAAAUCCGAACAGUCGUUGCUCCAAAGACAAAUUGAAGAUUUGCAAGAGCGGCUGCAAAGCUUUGCGGCGUCUAAGCAAAGCGAUAAACAGUCUAUUGGUAGUUUAGAAAGGCGGGUGGCCGAGGAGCGGAGGUUGCGGACAAAUUUGGAAUCUCAACUCAAUCAGGAGAGGAAAAAUAGGAAGCAAGAGGAAGCGAGACUUGCACAGGUAACAGCACAACAAUCUUCCAGAACAGAAUGUACAGACAUUUGCAAGUCGCGACGACGCGAACUAGAAACAGAACUGGCAGAGUGUCGGCAAGCACAAAGAUGGGCCGAAGAAAGGUGUAAGACUCUAGAAUUAGAAAAACAAGUUGUCAGCGACCAAGUCCGCGAUUCAGAAAUGCUAAUGGUGGCGUUAGCGUCGGUGCAAGAGAAAAACUCCCACCUCGAAAACGCUCUAUCUGCUGAAACCCGCAUCAAGCUGGACCUUUUCAGUGCUUUAGGUGAAGCCAAACGUCACCUGGAAAUUACUCGAAGUUCGAACCGAUCUCAAGAAAAAGAAAUCGACGAACUCAAAAGCAAAGUGGCUCAAGUUUUAGCAGUAAUGCCAAAUGACAGGUUUGCCGCCGGGCAAGAGGCAGCUCAAAUGUCACGGGUUAGAUUAGCAGAAAGCCCGCCAGGUUUAUCUAAAUUGGAUCCUAACGCUACGGCCUACACUCCUAAGAAUUCUUCAGGAGGAGGAAAGCUCAUUGCAUCCACUGAGGCUUAAAAAAGAAAAUCAGUUUUUUUUUUUGUUAUUGAAUUUGUUAAUUACUAUUUUUGAGUUGUUGCGAUUUUAAAAAAUACAAAACUAAUAAUGCAGAAUAACAGUUUUUCUAGCUUACAAAUCGUGACGUUUUUGAGUCAAAAUUACAUUGGAAUUUUUUAUGUAAGGGAGGGUUUGUUUCAAUUGAUUGUAAAGGGCCAUAUAGGCAGUAUUAAUAUCUCAAAUGUGUUCCAAUUAUUUUUAAAUGUCAGUUGGCAGUUGAAAUUUCUAGUCUAUAAUACCCCGAAAUCGAAAACUAAGUUUUCUUUUGUAUAUAUAUAUAUAUAUAAUUUUUUCUAUAGGCAGCAUUUACUAUAAUAUGCCCAAAUGUUGCCAGCAAAUUGUGGAUAAAAUUAUCACUUCACAAGUUUUGUUCCUUCUCCCCCCCCCUUUUGAAUCAAUUGAAUUAUUUGUAUAGCUUAAGGAAAGUGUGAUUUAAUUACUACUACAAAAUAACUGUAUUUGAAUUUAAUGCCGUCUUAAUCUUAAAGUGAUGUUUAAUCUCAUUUAUGUUGUGAUAUGAUUAAGGAAGGAUCUUUGUCAUUUGAAAUUUGUUUUUAGAAAAUUGACUUUGAUUGUAAAAGCACAAAAAAAAAAUGAAGGGUACUAAGUAAGUAAUUGGAAAUCAGAAUUUUUGUUUUAUUUUUGGUAUUGAUCUCUUGUUUUCAAAUUAGGUUAAGGCGGUUAUACACGGAUGUGGAUGUCUGAAAACAUGUACGCACAUGCAAAAAUAUCAAUGUGUAUGCAAAAUACUGUCGCGUUUUUGAAUGUGACGUUCAGGUGAAUUCUGAAAUUUUGUAUGCACACUUGAAACACUGUAGCAAGAGUAGCAAGAUUGACAGUUUUGCUAGUUUUGUGCAAGUGUCUGUACAAAAGCGACAUGCACGUAUAUGUAUCAAGCCAUCCACGCCUAUGUGUAACCGCCUUUAAAUGUACUUUAGGUUUUUUUUUUUUAGAAUACGAUUUUAAGUUCCUUUUUGAGUUUAUAAAGUGGGUUUGUUCGGGAUGAUUUCGAUUUUUGUAACAGGAAAAUUUAACUCUCUGUACUUAAUAAACUAUUUUUUUUUAUUGUUUUGAAGUUGAAACAUUUUUGUUUUAUUUGACAAUAUUUCCUCGUUUUUUUCAACCUUGCGCAAAGUCGUUGUAACUAUAAAAUCAUACUAAUUAAUCUGUUUACCUCUGCAAAAUGGUGUUAUUUAUGUGGAAAUCUCGUGUUAAAAUUGGAUCUCUUGACGUGUGUAUGCGCUAAUUGAAUUAAGGCAUUAAAUCGAUAUAGUUACAAAUUAGCUAAACAAUUACAUAGUUGUUAUUGAAAAGUGAAAUAGGUAUAAUAACAACCUCCCAUAAAUUUGAGUAAUUUGUCAAAAACUAUGCAAGCUACAAAUAUGAAAUUUUGUGGUAUUCUUUACAUGGCAUAAGAGCAAAACAUACUAAAAAUUCAAAAAAUGUACAAAAUUAUAAUAUACAAAUAUAGUGUGUCUAUCCUAAAUCCUCUUUGACUGUAGUACGGAGACUAAGUAGAACCAAUGGUGAAAAUUCGACCAGUCUCCGUACUACAGUCAAAGAGGAUUUAGGAUAGACACACUAGGCGCAAGUACGAAUCCUCUUGAUACCUAAAAACUAGGUUAAUUCUUUGAAAAUACCUGAUUCAAAUUUUCUACCUUGAUCCGUGGUUAUAACGGAAUGAAUGCUAAAUCUCGAAACCUGAAAUUGACCUUAACAUGUUAAUAGUAAAGGACCUACUAAUAUGUCUAUAUAAAUAUGAGAAAACCCAAAGUCAGGUUGUUGUAAAGGUGCAGAAGUAUGCUUUGUUAUUUUUACAUUUUGGCAACUCGACUCAUGCAUGAUUUAACUCAGCAAUGAAUAUCUUUUUUCAUGUUAGGGCUCAACUUAGGGUCGUGAAUAAGACGUGACACAUUACAUUUGCGGUAAAAACUUGUGUAUAACGUUGCUACAAAAUUUCAAAUGCAAAAACCGAUUAACAAUAACAUUGUUAAAAAAUGUCACGUUUUUGCAACAAAGAUAAACAAAAAGCCGAUGAUUUCAAAUCACUUAUUUGUUGUUUGGGACAAAUCAAAUGACGCUUUCGCAACAAAAACCAGUUAUUUAUUUAACCAUUUAACAAAUGGACAGGUAUGUAUAUUUAUUUUUCCUUAAAUAAUUAUGUAAAUGGCCAAGGUUAUCGUGAUUACCACCGCAUGUCAUGUUUAUUUUUCCAAUUUUUGUUAUGGCGGAAAGAUGAUGAUGAACUACGCUGUGUUAGGCAUACAAAACGUUCAAUUAACAUUGGAAAUAAUAUAUAAACUCUUUUUGACUAGGAAUAUUUACAUUUUCAUUACUCUCUAUAACAAAAAUUAUCUUAUAGAAUACAUCAUUACAACAGAUGUUAAUAAUAGUGACAUUAUUGCGCUUUUUUCUGAAGCGGAUGACGAUUGCUUGACUUCAGAAACUGGAGCCACUUUAGUUGUUGAUGGUUCAGGUUCAGGAGUAGGUUCAGGCUCCAGCUUCUUUUCAGUUGUAGUAGAGCUGUCAUAAUUAUAAGACUCAUCAUGCAAAUAGCUUUUUGCACCAACAUUUGAAACUAUGAGCCUAAAGUUGGAUUCGCUGAUGUUAAGUUGUCCAUAGAUGAAUUUAUCUAGUCUAUUAACCAGGAUUGUUAGGUUGCCGCUUUCGUCAAAGGCAAAAGAAUUUACCCAUUCUAAGUAUCUAUAUUAUGAAAGAAAAACAUUAGUUUUAUAUAAAUAAAACCAAAAAAUCUUACCGUUCAUCUUUGGCAAUAAUCUUUUGUCCAGUUUGAAAAGGUGUAGUAGAAUCCCACCUGGCAAUACUAUUAAGAGCCAAUAAACUAUAGUAAAGUACUCCUGCAGAAUCCAUUACCAUUCCAACACUUUGAGAACCCUUCAUCCCAUAAUCCCUGACAGUACCUUGAUACUCACCAUUCUGUGAAGCAAACUCCGGGUUCCUCAAAACACUAGAAUUGAUGCUGUAUAGGUGCAGUGAGGACAAAGGUGAGUAGUAAACUUCGCGUUCUUCCAUGAGGAUUAGUUUGUUGUCUGAACUGGUGCGAAUUCUAGGGCCCAGGGCGAUGCUAGCCAAAUUCAAGGAGGCACUGAUGGAGAUGUCAUUUACUCGGAAAGUUGAUGCGGUUGGAUCGGCUCGCAUCGAUUGACUGUGCCGGAUUUUCCAGGAUUUUUGGUCUUUGAUUGAGUAAACGAUGAUAC